GCUGGGUGGGCGCAGAAGAUGCAGACGCACCAGUGUGCGAACCCGCUCUGCGACGUUGAGAUCAGCAACCCGUACAUCCACUACUGCGACCGAUGGAUGUGCCAGCAGUACCGUGGCGUCAUGGCGCUCUUCCCGGCGUCAGCGAGGCCGACAACGUCGCUUCAGCGCGAGGUGCCCAGAGGCGCGGCCGGCAAGCGCCCGCGCGUCCUCGACGACGACGAGGCCGAAGAGCAAGAGAUGCCACGACAGCUCAAGCUCGGGCGACGCAGCAAUCGCAUCAUCGACGAUUCGGACGACUCGGGCGCGGACGACGAAAUGGAGGCGCCGGUCGGGCGCAUGACACGGGCAACACUUCCCGAGAAGGCGCCCAAGCCCCGCCUUCCGCCAACGGUACGAAGCAGUCGCCCGAUUCCAGAGCCUCCGGCACUCGACAUCGUGUGCAAGGCCGAACCGCUUGCCAUCAAGGCUGAGCCCAUCAUUCCUGUCGCGGCGAGCGAGUUGCAGUUGACGACCAAGCGUGCCACUGCCCCGUCGCCACCGCCGCCAACAUCAGCGCCAGUAGCAUCCGUGUCCUCAUCGUCACUUGGUAUUCCAACCCCAACGCCGCUCGUCCCUGCGACACGACCUCCCGAGCGUCAGCCGUCGCCCGCGCCGGCAACGACGACUGUGCCGCCGCCGAGCGCGCCUGCUACGGUGCGCAAGCUCAACCUUCAAGAGUACCUCUCACGCGGCAAGAUUUCACUGCGUACAAUCCCGCCAAGUCGGUCCACUUCGGUCACAGAUGCGUACAAGCCGCGCCCGAAAGCCGCGAGCAUGAACGACAUCUUGAGCAACGAAGAAGACGACGUGGACGACGACGCUGGCCUCGACCACAGCGAGAACGCGGCUGUCGCCCGUCCAACGCUCUGCGCCCAUGGCCGCCCGACGCAAGACUUUUGCAAAGCCUGCGUCUCGGCGCGCAUCGUCGCCGUCAAGCCAGAGUCGAGCGCUCUCUGCGCGCACAGCCACCUCCGCGACGUCUGCCCGAUCUGCUCGAUGCCGCCGGCCCGUGACCGGCGCCUGAGCGAAGCAGGGACCGCAGCGCUGUGUCCCCACGGCAGCGCCAGCGCCCGCCACUGCGCCGUGUGCCAAACCACAGCCAGCAUGGAGCUUCUCGUGCUGCCGAAAGACGAGGCCGAUGGUACCAGCGAUGGCUGCGGGCACUUCCAGCCAGAGACAGUGCGCGGUCCGUGCCGCGUCUGCGGUGCACCGAAACCGGUUACGGCGCGGGCAAAGCGCCCGCAGCCCAACCCACCGUCGAGUCCUCUGCAUGCUGCGAAACGGGUGCACGUCAAAGACGAGGUAUUGCACCCGCCUGUGCAUCGCGCCGUCCCAGCGCCGCCGCAGCCAGCGAUCGCAGUUCCAACACCGCAGCCCAGCGCCCCACCCGUCGUCGAAGCCGCGUCUCGAGCCUCGUACCCGCCACCGGCAACGAUGGCUCCUCCACGCAUGGUCAUCGCGAUGCCGUCGCCGCCUGCAGUCGUGAGCCCGCCGACGCACCGUGCUGGGCAGAGUGCACCGGGUGCGCAGAGCGCUGCGUUUAUCGAUGACGACGACGACGUCAUUGGACACGAUAGCGACGACGACGACGACGACGACGAGCUGGACGACGGUCCAAUGGAUUUGCCGCCCGAGCCGCCAAUCCUUGCGUACUCGGACCACGAGCUCUACACUAUUAUCUGGUUCUUCUCCGUCAAGCUCACGGCGCUGCUCGGGACCAUGAAACAACUGCACAUUGCGCAUUACAACUGCCUCUCGCACUUUCGAGAGCUCAUGAAGGGGGUCAAGAAGGCCAGCGUCGAGAUCCAACUGCCGUUUGAGAUUACGUGCGUUCGAACAAAAGGGCUCGUGCGCUUUGGGGCCCACACGUACCUUGAGCUGCCCGCGCGCAGCCUCGAGGACGCCCACCGCGCCGUGCUUCGUGAGCUCUACCUGCAAGCCACGCACUGGGCGCUUCUCAGCAAGCAAAUCCAGCUCGGCAAAGUCACUUCAAUGCUUAACAUCCUCCCAAACGUGCGCACCAUGGCGAUGAGCACAAAGUAUGCGCGACUUCCAAACGGCGACAUCGAGUAUAUCUACGGCGUGCUGUACUUUGAGGUCGGACGUGCUACGGCAGCUCGCCUUGCGGACGCCAAAGCCGCGGCGACAUUGGAUGCGUGGACGCGCCUCCACCGCGUCUGCAUGCACAUCUCGCCCUUGUACCGGCCAGACCUCCACCUUGCAGUGCACGGCGCCGCCGCACCGAGACCCGCCCCGCCUCUGCCUCGUGCUAUCAAUAACUGGGUCGACCGCAUCGAUGGCACGCCGUUAUCGCCUGCGCAGCCGUCGACGUCGACAAGCUUUGGACCACCAACCUUGGACAUGGACGACGGCGACUAUUGA